AGAAAGAAAAGAACAACCCAUUAUUCAUACAUAUACAUAUAUCAAAGCCCACAAAUCUCUCUCUCUCUCUCUCUCUCUCUAAAGGUGAAGCAGCAAAAUGGAGAAGAAAGAGAUGGAAGUGGUGAAGGGUGUAGACCUACAGAGGUACAUGGGUAGGUGGUAUGAGAUAGCUUCAUUCCCAUCAAGUUUUCAACCAAAGAAUGGAAUCAAUACAAGAGCUACUUAUACAUUGAAUGAAGAUGGCACUGUGAAAGUUCUAAAUGAGACUUGGAAUGAUGGGAAGAGAGGGUCCAUAGAAGGGACUGCCUACAAGGCUAACCCAAAUAGUGAUGAGGCGAAGCUCAAGGUCAAAUUCUAUGUCCCUCCAUUCCUUCCCAUCAUCCCUGUUACUGGGAAUUAUUGGGUUUUGUAUCUUGAUGAUGAUUAUCACCAUGCUUUGAUUGGUGAGCCCUCCAGGAAGUUUCUUUGGAUAUUAUGCAGAGAGAACCAUUUGGAUGAAGAGAUCUACAACCAGCUUGUUGAGAAGGCGAAAGAAGAGGGUUAUGAUGUGAGCAAGCUUCACAAGACACAACACACUAAUCCUCCACCAGAGGAAGAAGGCCCCAAGGACACCAAGGGUAUUUGGUGGAUUAAAUCCAUUUUUGGAAAAUAAUUAUUAGGCAUUAUGGCGACUAUAUAAAGGAUAAAAUCUAUGAAGACAUAUAAAUAAAGGGCUUAAAAUCCUAGUUGUAAAACCAAGACUCAAGGUGUGUUUGUAUUUGAAUUGUCAUUUUCCUUCUAGGUCUUGUAAAGUAGUAGUGUGUGCAAGUUUUGAAGCAUGUUAUGGAUUGUUGUUAGCUUGCUUAGUUGUGAAGUUUCUUGUUUAUUUCAUGUGUCUUUGUAAAAUGGAUGUUUUUGAAACUUGGUUGUGAGAACUUGGGGGGUCUACCUCAUCCUGUUGGCUUGUUUUUA